AUGUCAACUUUAAGUCAACAACGUAAACUAGUUGAACAAUUACGUCAAGAAGCUAAUUUAGAUCGUCGUCCUGUCUCUGAAUGUGUACAAGAAAUGAUUGUGUAUAUGGAACAGAAUCGUGAUAAAGAUUGUUUAGUUUCAGGAUAUGCUAGUAAAAAAGAUAAUCCAUUCCAAGAAAAAGGUGGAUGUGUGGUGAUUUAG